CGUGCCCCGUACCCGCCUCCUCCGCUCGGCCGGCCCAAGAUGGCGGUGCAGGAGUCGGCGGCCCAGCUGUCCAUGACCCUGAAGGUGCAGGAGUACCCAACCCUCAAGGUGCCCUAUGAGACACUGAAUAAACGCUUCCGAGCUGCUCAGAAAAACAUUGAUCGGGAGACCAGCCACGUCACCAUGGUGGUAGCUGAGCUUGAGAAGACCUUGAGUAGCUGCCCAGCUGUGGACUCUGUGGUCAGCCUACUGGAUGGAGUGGUGGAGAAGCUGAGUGUCCUCAAGAGGAAGGCAGUAGAGUCCAUCCAGGCCGAGGAUGAGAGCGCCAAGCUCUGCAAACGCAGGAUCGAGCACCUCAAGGAGCACAGCAGUGACCAGCCAGCGGCGGCCAGCAUGUGGAAGCGGAAGCGCAUGGACCGAAUGAUGGUGGAGCACCUGCUCCGCUGUGGCUACUACAACACCGCUGUGAAGCUGGCUCGCCAGAGUGGCAUUGAGACAUGCGAGAAAGCACUUCAGCCAGGCUGAAGGGGGCCAGCUGGAUGAGGUCCGCCAGGUCAUGGGCAUGCUGGCCUUCCCCCCAGACACGCACAUCUCUCCAUACAAGGACCUCCUGGACCCAGCCCGGUGGCGAAUGCUGAUCCAGCAGUUUCGAUAUGACAACUACCGGCUGCACCAGCUGGGAAACAGCUCCGUCUUCACCCUCACCCUGCAGGCUGGGCUCUCAGCAAUAAAGACACCUGCUACAAGGAGGAUGGCAGCUCCAAGAGCCCCGACUGCCCUGUGUGCAGCCGCUCUCUGAACAAACUGGCACAGCCCCUACCCAUGGCUCACUGUGCCAACUCCCGCCUGGUCUGCAAGAUCUCUGGUGACGUGAUGAACGAGAACAACCCACCCAUGAUGCUGCCUAAUGGCUAUGUCUAUGGCUACAAUUCUCUGCUUUCUAUUCGUCAAGAUGAUAAAGUUGUUUGCCCAAGAACCAAAGAAGUCUUCCACUUCUCCCAAGCUGAGAAAGUGUACAUCAUGUAGGCCUGCGUUGCCAUGUGCACGCCCUUGGCCAGAGGCUGUGGUGGGUGGGAGCCAUGCCCUCCUGCCCUGACCCUUGACCCCUGACCCCAGCCUGCCUCGGCAUUUGUUUCUUGCGACCAAAGAUCAGUGAGCAACGACAAAUACUCUUAGAAAAAGAGGAAGUGAGAUUUACUAAGUCUGUGCUUGAGAACAGCGUUUGGUUGGUAGGAUUUUGUAACAUAACUCGACUGAUGCCUCUGCAAGUUCUUGCACCUCUCAAAGGAAACUUUCUCUACAGUGUGACCUGAGCACCCAGGAAAUCCAGAGCAUCUCAGAAGUAGGAAUUGGGUCAUCGAUUAUUUCCCUGUGUCUCUCCGUUUCCUUCCUUUUGCUAGUGACGGGACUCAGGGGAGCUUGAGGAGCAGGCUGGUCCUGUGCCAACUCUUGUUGGUCACAGCCUGGGCAAGGUGCUGGCCGUACCGGGUUGGCUGCAGUGACUUGUGACGUGGUGCCGAGGCCUUUCCUGACUUCACUGUCUAGCUGCUGCCAAAGCACCAUCCACCACAUGCACCUGGGCUGCUACUCGAGCCUCUGCCCUUGUGGCCAGGGUGUCUGGGGCUGUGUCUGUGCACAGGUUCAGCGUCUCACCUUCCAGCACCGCCUUAUCUCCUGCUUUGAGAAUGUAUUCACGGGAAAGCCACUGGACUGAGUUUCUGCAGAGGCCUUGCCAGGUGGUUCCGUAGUCCUAGAGUGUACAUGCUUUUCAUUACGGAAACUGAUAGUUCAGCUAAAGUAAGUACUGACGGGUUUUCCAGACAUGAACCAUUGUAAUUCACACAAAACCAUAUUGUAGAGGUUUGUAUCUAGCGCUUAUUUUUGCAUGUUGAUGUUGAUUAGCUAAUGAACUGUAAAUGUAAAGCGUGUUAAUAAAAUAGCUUUCUAUUUCUCA